AUGCAAGUCCUCCUCCUAGGCGGCCACGGCAAAAUCGCCCUCCACCUUACUCCCCUCCUCCUCGCCCGCUCCUGGAACGUCACCAGCGUGAUCCGCAACCCCGCGCACGAAAAUGAGAUCCUGGCGCUGGGGAAGGGCCAAAAGGGGAAACUGAAUGUGCUGCUGUCGAGUCUGGAUGAUGUGAAGAGUGAUGCGGACGCGAAGAAGAUCAUUGAUGAUGUGCGUCCGGAUUAUGUGGUUUGGUCGGCUGGAGCUGGAGGAAAAGGCGGCCCCGACCGAACCAUCGCCAUUGACGAAAAAGCUGCAAAGCAUUUCAUUGCCGCGACAUUCGCCACACCCAGCAUUACCAAGUUUCUGCUCGUCUCGCAUAUUGGCAGUCGACGACACCAACCACCUUGGAUGAGUGAUGAUGACUGGGCUCGGCCGUUGCACGUCAACACCAAUGUUCUGCCCGUGUAUGCCAAGGCCAAGCUCGAGGCGGACGAGUAUCUGACUGCGUUGGCCGCGAAGAGGAAGCAGGAUGCGAGCGCUGGACCGUUCCAGUCGAUUUUGCUGCGGCCGGGGUUGUUGACUGAGACGGGUGCGACGCGGAAAGUGGCGCUGGGGAAGACCGGGGGUCAGGGGAGCGUGACGAGGGAGGAUGUGGCUAUUGUUGCGGAUAAGUUGUUGGCGAGGGGGGAUACGGAGGGGUGGUAUGAUUUGUUGAAUGGGGAGGAGCCGGUUGAUGAGGCGGUUGAGAGGGUGGUGAGGGAUAAGGUUGAUGCUGUUGAGGGUGAGGAUGUUCAGGGCAUGAUUAAGCGGUUUUUCCCGUAG